CAAGCGUCCAAGUGAAACAGAACACGGAACUUCCAUGAUGACAGCAGUGCAAAAUCAAAACAGUGCUUACAGCCAUACAUCCACUGUAUUCCACGUUAGCGCGUUCAUUUACUGAUUUAAUGCAUAAAUAUCGGCUUAUAGAUUAACUCGGAAAUGGCAGACGGGGGCGACACAGAAGGAGAUGUUGAUGAUCCUCUCAACAAAGGCUGUCGGCUCAUAUCUGUUACAGAUCUCCCUAGUAUCACACCUGCAGGGCAGAAUCUGAAGGAAUGGUUGCAGGAGCAGUUCUGCGACCAACCGGCUGACCAAUGCGAGGACAUGCGUCUCCAUAAUUCUGCCCAUGUCGGUGACCUGAACACUCUAAAGAGUCUUCUAGAGGAGGACGGUUUCAAACGGCGAAUUAAUGAAAAGUCUGUGUGGUGCUGUGGCUGGCUCCCCUGCACGCCACUCCGCAUUGCUGCUACCGCUGGCCACAGUGACUGUGUGGACUUCCUGCUCUGUCAGGGGGCUAAGGUGGACCUAGUGGACGUGAAGGGCCAGACAGCACUGUACGUGGCGGUGGUCAAUGGACACCUGGACUGUGUACAUAUUCUCCUGGAGGCUGGAGCGAACCCCAACGGCAGCCGCCACCACCGCAGCACCCCACUCUACCACGCAGCUCGAGUGGGCCGCCACGAUAUCCUUCAGGAGCUCAUCAAGUUCAAUGCUGACGUGGAUGUGGACUACCAGUUGGGCCUGCACUCCGCUCCGUCUGCCCCUCGCACACUCAGCACGCUGGGGCUGUGCCCUCUCUACAUCACUGCUGCCUACCACCACCUGCCCUGCUUCCGCCUGCUGCUCAGCGCCGGGGCCAAUCCCGACUACAACUACAGUGGCCCGGUUAGCCGCGAGGCGCUAGCUCGGAGCCCGGCCUCCUGCCUGCUGGACGCGGUGCUCACACACGGCUGUCAGCCCGCCUUCGUCAGCGUUCUGCUGGAGCACGGAGCCGACCCUUACCUGGUGCCCUGGGAGGAGCCGGAGCCAGAGGUGGCGGGCCGACGCAGGGUGGAGCCAGAAGCACUGCACGUCUACCAGGAGGCCAGAAGAUGCCCACGCAGGCUGACACACCUGUGCCGGCUGGCUGUGCGGAGGGCCAUGGGGAAACCACGCCUGGGGCACAUCCCCUCCCUCCCCCUGCCGGAGGCCAUCAAGAGCUUCCUGCUGCACCUGGACUGACCAGCGCCCCUGAUGCUGCUGCUGCUGUUGCCGCUGCCACAGCUUUGUGUGGUUGAGCUCUGCAACAUCCUUUGCCUUUGGACUGCUGCUGAUACCAUUGUUAAGUUUUCCAGUUGCCUAUGCACAUAGUAGCACGAGCACAUGACUGUUAUUUUUAAUAUUGAUCAUUUUACCUUUAUGUUUAAGUUAUUGCUGCCUUGUAUCUUUGGGAAACAUUGCUACUGCCACUCUAGGCACUUUAAACACUGCUUAUCCAAGCACUUAUUAGAUACAAAAGGCAGCACACUUGUGAAGAAACUGAACUCCACGUCAUCAGAAUGUGGUCUGGGAAAACGUCAGAUAGCAUCGUUUAGAAUGAACAGUCUUCUGGCAGUGAACAUUUGGACCACCCUUCCUCAGCAUUUCUUUGGCAGUCACCAGGGGUAUGUUGAAACAAAUAACAGAUCGGCAAUGCAGAUUAUUUGGUAUGAUUGAACGCCCUAUCAAAGAUUACGAUUUUUGUUGUGCCUUUGUAUCCCAUUUACCUUUGAACCUCCCACUGGGUCAGUUUACCUCAUUCUUUAAAAAAAAAAAAGUCCUGUGAAUGAAUUGCACCUCUUCGUGUUCUGCUCGGACGUGCUGUGUGAGCUGCGCCUUAAGUCUGCUAAUGUGUGCUGCUAAUUAAAGUCACAUACUUGUUCUGUU